CGAAAAUAUCUUGACGUAGUAUCGGACCAUCCUGAGCAGCAUGAUAGCAUAUAAGCUUAUAGCCACACUUUAUAAGCCCCUUUUAGUAAUUGGUUCUAAGAACAACAAGGAAGCAGCAUCUGGCCACAACUUCAUCACACUGUGGGAAAGUACUCACUGCUGUAUUUUUCAUAUCGGAAAUCUUUUAGAAUUCGAUGUUUGGCACCUUUACUGUAUAUAUUCUAACAGCUAGCGUAGUUGGAGUUACGCUGCUUCUUUAUUGCCCCGAUCUUGUGUCGGGAUUUCGUUCUCCUAAAGAAAAAAAUAAGCAAUUUAGUCCUGUCAUAUUAAUACCGGGUGAUGGCGGUAGUCAGCUGGAGGCGAAAUUGGAUAAACCAAAAACAGUUCACAUGUUUUGCGAUCAGAAGACGGAGGGUUAUUUCAGCUUAUGGCUAAAUCCAGGGCUUUUGUUUCCCGGUGCAGUCGAUUGUUGGGUGGACAACAUGAGGCUAUAUUACAACAAGACCACAAGAUUAACUCAAAACUCUCCCGGUGUGCAUAUUAGAGUUCCAGGGUUUGGUGAUACAAGUAGCGUAGAAUGGUUGGAUCCGAGUGCUACAAUGCCACCAUUUAUCGCCCGUUUUAUUCUGAGUGCUUAUUUUGUUGACAUAGCCGACAUGCUUGUUAAAGAGGGAUAUACAAGAGGAAAGAAUAUCAGAGGAGCACCGUAUGAUUUCAGGAAAGCUCCAAAUGAAUUGCAGAGCUACUUCGAUUCCGUGAAACAUCUAGUUGAAGAAACUUAUGAAAACAACGCUGAAGCGAAAGUAACACUGAUUUGCCACAGCAUGGGUUGUCCUAUAACUAAUUAUUUCUUGAAUCAGCAAAGUCAACCUUGGAAAGAUAAAUACAUCAAAACAUUGAUAUCACUUGCAGGAGCUUGGGGUGGUGCUGUCAAAGCCCUGAAAACAAUUGCAUCAGGAGAAAACCUCGGAAUUAUUGUUGUAAGUCAAAGCGCUCUGAGGACUGAACAACGGACAAGUCCGAGUCUAGCAUACAUGUUGCCAACUAGUAAAUUGUGGUCAAAAAAAGAUCCAAUUGUGAUAACAAGAGAAAGAAAUUAUACCGUAGAAGAUUACUAUGAUUUCUUUCGAGAUAUUGACUAUCUAACUGCCUAUGAGAUGUUUAAAGACAAUUAUGAGAACGCGAUGAAGAGUUUAGAAGCUCCAGGAGUUGAUGUACAUUGUAUUCAUGGGACAAAUUUAGAAACACCUGAGAAACUAGAUUACAGAAACUCUGAUACGGUACCUGACGAUCCUCCAGAUAUAAUUAACGGAAAAGGCGAUGGCACUGUAAAUGCGGCGAGUCUUUCAGCUUGCUUACAGUGGGAUUAUCAGCAAAAAAAGCACGUUUAUUACUUACCUAUUCCUGGAAUGGAGCAUAUGAAAAUAUUGCAUGAUAAAGGGGUAAUAGAAUACAUUAGAAGAGUUGUCACUCUUUGGUGAUUUAUUUUGUACAGAUAAAUAUUGUUCAUUAUCCUUUUGCUAGCGGCUGGUACAAUAUGUCGAGCAUAAUCAUCUUAAGCACCGCAAGCAGAAGGUUAAUGUUAUUAUUUGAUAAAAAAAACUUAUAUCAGGUGAUUGCAAAAAUUAAUGCCAGAUUUAAAACCCAAAUAAAAAAAAAAGAAUUUCCAUAAAAAUAGUACUUACUUAUCAAUUUUUUUUCAUUAUAUUUAUAUCUAUCUUUCUAUUCUAUAAUGUUUUUAAUAUCUGUUUCGUAUAGAAAUUGCACUGUAUCUGCUUAAAAAAAGUGUUUUGAAUGGUUUUUCCCCAACAUCAAAUUUAUUUACUAAUAAUUCAAUUUUGUUGAGAUUGUGGGGAAAUCUGGACUGACAAGGAAUUAUUUGAAUUUUUUUCCUCUGAUGCCCAAACUUAUUGCAGUAUCUUUUGAGUAACAUGUGGUGAAAAAAGAUUUUUGUAUAAAACAUUUUGCUUAAACUUUAUACAUUAAGUCAAAUCAGUUACUCACAGUACUUAGUCAAAGUUAUAUCUUCUGCAAUCUCACAAGUUUAACAGAAAUGUCUUAAUUUAUAUUUUAAGAAAUUUAGUUUUGGUAUGAGUUUUUGUAAUCAGCGAAUAUAAGCUGUAUUUCCUUUUCGUUUAGGACAUUGCAUACAAACUGUUUUAUUAAUUUAUAUUUAAAUAUUGUAAAUUGUGUAAAUAGAGAAUUUAUGGAAUUUGAGUAUUUUUUUCCAAAAAAAGUUAAACAAAAUUUCUUUUAUGUGCAAUUAAUUUUUUAAGAUAAUACUUUACGGUAAACAAUGUUAUACACAUAUUUGGAAUUAUAACAGUGAAAAUAUAUAAAAAGUUUUCGAUAAUAUGUAUAAAUAUGAUGACAAAUAUUUUAUCAAAAAUAACUUAUGGCAGAUAAAAUAAAACUAUGUGAUGAUGAUUAAAAUACAAGUCUUCUGAGAAAAAAGAAACUGAUUUUAUAGUUUUUUUUUAUUGCCAUCUUUAUAAUGUACAUAAAUAUUUUUAUUUUUCUGGCCUUGGACAAUACGUGCAAUGUUUGUAAAUAAGUCAAAGAAUAUUUUAAUGAUUUAAUUAAUGUAAAACAUUUAUUUUCUGUAUAAUUUUGAAAAUGUGCAUAUGAAUAUAAAUUUUUUCAAAUAAAAUGUUUUUUCAAAUUUGUAAUUAACAUUACUAGUAUGAAUAUAAAUUUGUAAUGUCUGCUGUACUUUUUGUAUGAUUAAAUGCAUCUAUUUUUUACUGAAGAAACAUUGUAUCAUUGAUCAUUAAAAUGUUAUUCAUUAUUGCUACAAUAUUACUAUUAAUAUUAUUGUUAUUAUGAAAAUUAAUUUUCAAUAAAAAAAUAUUAUUUGGUACACACUUUUUAUAAUAUUGUGCUAAUUUUUUUUUAAUGUGUGACUAUAAUAACGUCAAGUUUAAAAUAUUACCAUAACAGUUUUUAAUUGAUUGUUCCAUAAAUAUUCGCUUCAGAGGUAUAUGUUUAAAGCAAUACAUGUAUUGCAUUAUAGGAAAAAAUACUACAAGAAAAAUGUUAAACUAUUUCGCAAUCAAUUAAUUUUUAAAUUUCUAUUGCUGUUCUAAAAACUAUCGUAUUUAUUAAGAGUUGUAUACGAAUAGUAUUAUAAUUAAUAAAUAGUGAAAAUAUCUUUAUUUAUCACGAAAUUUUGAAGUAAAAUAUGCAUAUCUCGCAAAAUGUAAAUUAUGAAACCAAGAAUUGAUUACUAAUUUCCCUUUUUAAGCAUAUAUGUUAUGUAAUUACAAUACUUUUUCAUGUAUGUAAUAAAUAUACAUUUUGUUGAUG